AUGGUGCGCGUUGUGCCGAACAAAGGUGGCAGCCAGGCGGACGACAUUCCCAGCACUAGCGGAAGGGAAUACUUGGCGUACUUUGUCCAUCGGCUAUUAGAAUUUCGGAAACCUGAGCUCGAGAGCUUGGCACAGACGGUCGGCUGUAAGGCCGAGGAGAUUCGAUGGAGGGCGCCGGCGGGCGAUGUGGAGCACUCUCCGUUUUGGUAUCUCACGUUGCCUUCGGAGGACGCAGCGUUACAAAUAAGUAAACGGAUGAUUUUGACCAAGAUGCUCGUGGAGGUGUGGGGCGAGGGGGAGGACUGGGCGGACCUCACGGCAGCCAUCCAGGCGUGCCCUCAGGAAGUCAAGGCCCCCUGGCUAGGACCCGAGCUCACGUUCCGGGUUGUGGUUGAGUCGUUUGGAAGUUCGUUGCCAAUGGACGAGCAGCUCGAGCUGAUCAAGCGGUUGGAGUUCAUCCCCUUCAAGGGCGCCGUACGUCUCAGAGAUCCCCAGGCACGGUGGGCCCCUCUGCGGCGGCGAAUGAACGGGGAGGGGGCGCGGGGUUCCCUCGGUGGGGUGGUCCCCGCCCGGCUUUACUUUGGCCGGCUAGUGGGCUCCUCCGACCGGGGGGUCAUUGACACGUACAGUCUGCGGCGGCGGCGGUACCUGGGGCCCACCUCCAUGGACACCGAGAUGGCGCUGGUGAUGUGCAACCAGGGCGGGGUACGGCGGGGUAGUCUGGUUCUGGAUCCGUACGCCGGUACUGGAUCUAUUCUCGUGGCGGCCGCACACUUCGGAGCCAAGGUCAUGGGUGCCGACAUUGACAUCAAGGUUCUCCGGGAGGGCAAGGGUGGCGAGCGACUAACAAUUCACUCCAACUUCCAGCAGUACGGCCUUCGGGGGCCCCUGGACCUCGUACGGCUAGAUACCCACCGCCACCCCAUAAGGCCCGACCUAGCCGAGGUACGCCUGCAUGCUGGUCGCCCCCAGGGCCAACGAGCCCCUAUUUAUCAACGCAAGCCCCCCCCCGCGUGUGCGUUCUGCUGCAAUCCCCUGGCCUUGCGUUGCGCAACCCUGCCGUACACGCAGCCGUACACUCUGGGCGAGUGUCUCCGAGACCUGUUGGAACUCUCUGCCCGACUGCUGGUGGUGGGUGGCCGCCUGGUGUACUUCCUGCCCGCCACGCCUGAGACGUACGACAAGGCGGAGAUCCCGCAACACCCCGCCCUGGAGCUGAUAGCGAACAGUGAGCAGAUCCUCACCACGCGAUACAGCCGGCGGCUCAUCACGAUGGAAAAAGUACGGCCGUACGACGCGGCGGCGGCGGCGGCGUACUACGCGUCGCACCCAGACCCCACCAUGUCUAUUGACAAAUUGCACGACAUCGUGUACGAGCAGCUGCCGCCGCAACCGCCAUCCUCUUCGGCAUCGUCGUCAUCGCUGGCAGCUGCUGCUGUGGCGGCGGCGACAGAGGGUGGCGGUGUGGACGGCGGUACGGCGGUGAAACCCCGACGCCGCUGCCGCGGAAAGAACUUCUAA